CAUCCAAGCGGAACUGUUUUUGUUUGGGCUACACAUGCUAGGCUACGUCGACUGCCACUGUCACAUCUCUGCUGGGGAUUUUGACAAGGAUGUAGAAGAAGUGAUUGAGCGUUCUAAAAAGGCUGGACUGUUGGCUGUGCUGGCAGUGGCCGAGCAUGCUGGUGAAUUUAACAAGAUCAUUGAGCUUUCUCAGAGGUUUUCAGGGUUUGUUUUCCCCUGCUUAGGUGUGCAUCCUGUUCAGGAAGUUUCUGCAGGGCAGCAGAGGGGUGCUGCUCCACAGGACCUUGAUGCAGCUUUACCGAUCAUGAAGAAAUACAAAGAAGAACUUGUUGCCAUCGGAGAGGUCGGUCUGGAUUUUACGCCCCGGUUUGUCAGCAGCGAUUUGGAUAAAGAGAAUCAGAGGCGAGUCCUGAUCCGUCAAGCACAGCUCGCCAAGGAGCUGGACCUCCCCCUAAAUGUUCACUCGAGAUCUGCAGGACGACCCACCAUCCAGCUGCUGAAGGAACAAGGUGUCGACAAAGCUCUUCUUCAUGCUUUUGAUGGGAAGCCGUCUGUCGCCAUGGAGGGAGUGAAGGCCGGGUUCUUCUUUUCCAUCCCGCCGUCCAUAAUCCGGAGCGAGCAGAAGCAGAAACUUGUAAAACAGUUGCCCCUGGAGAACAUCUGCCUGGAAACAGAUUCUCCAGCUCUCGGUCCAGAAAAACAGGUAAGAAAUGAGCCACAAAACAUCUGCGUCUGUGCGGAGUACAUCAGUAAGAUUAAGGGGGUGUCGCUGGAGACGGUGAUCGAGGCGACGACACAAAACGCACUGCGGCUUUUCCCCAAGCUGAAGUCUGCCCUCCGACCCUGAUGGUCCGUUUCCUUCACCAAGAACAAGCUCCAGUUCUUAAAUUUCUUUAAUG